UUAGAUACAAAUGAAAUGUUCGAGACCCUAAAAUCUUCUGGCCUUACAAGUGAUCAAUCUGACAUUAUUCUAAAUUUAAUUAAAUCUCAAAUUAUUUCAAAUUGGAAAAAAAAGGUUGACGAAUUUGUUCCAAAGACAGAUUUGGAAAAUGAACAUUAUUUAUUUGAAGCUGCACGAGCUGAACUCAGAGUUGAAAUUAAUUCCUCAAGAGAUUCUCAUCUUCACGAAUUGAUCAACGGAUUGAAUUUUUUACAAAGAGAUUCAAAUUUGGUUCACAAUGAGUUAAAUCAACACUAUAUCAAGUCCAAAAAUAAAGUGGUUAUUCUAGUUAAUAACUAUAAAAAUGAAAACUCUUUAUUACAAAAGGAAAUCAAAAAUUUGAUUCUUGACUUGGCCACAAAAAUAAAUUCAAAGCUAAUUUCAGAAUUCAAAUUUAAUGCUGAAAGUUUAAGAUGGGCUUUUACAAGAAGAGGUAUCUUUAGUAUUUUACUAGUUGCGGUGUCU